AUGCAGCAACGAGCGCUCCGCGUGGCCGGCGUGUGGGUGCCUCCAGGAGGGAAGUGGUCACUGGCGUACGGCGCCUACUCUGCUUUCGUGAUGCUCUCUGUUGUGACGUUUCUGGUCAGCCAGCUGUCCGCCAUGCUGCACUUCUGGGGAGACAUCCUUAGCGUCACCACCAACGCCUGCGUCACUUUCACCUUCGGCAUGGCCAUUUUCAAGUUUAUUGUCUUCCUCAAGAUGCGCCCAUUAACAAACAAACUCAUUGAGGAGCUUGACAGCUGCUUGGAGCGCUACGGGCGGACUUACGCCCGGCAGAAAGCAACCAUAUUUGGCGCUUGUGCAUUCCGAGGGCGCCGCGUUUGCCAGUGGCAGUUGUGCCUGGCGCUGUCCGUCUACGCGGUCUGGGAGGUGCUGCCCCUGCUGCAGAUGCGGACCUGCUCCUCCACAGAGUGUCGCGUCCAGAGCGGCUUCCCGGCCCUCGUCUGGUACCCGUUCUCCUUCACAGAGCCGCCACUCUACCAGGUGGUGUACAUCGUCGUGUCGACAGGCCUGUUCUACGGCUGUUUCGUCUCCAACACGCUGGUCGGCGUGUUCUGCUCACUCAUGAUCAACGUGUCUGGACAUGUGCGGUUCCUCAACGUCAUGGCCAGGAACAUGGGCUAUGUAGAGAAGUGUGGAAAAGGAGACAACUGUCACAGUUGCCGCUACGCGUCUACUUCCACAGACACUGAGAAGGAAAUGAGGAGACGCCUCAAGGAGUGUGUGCGCUACCACAACGACAUUGCCAGUGGAUGGGCGUGUCAUUGCCCACACCAUCAUCAUCAGAAUGUUGUUGAUUGCAGGUUAAUCGAGCGGCUGAGCGCCCUGGUGGGUCCCAUACUGCUAGGAGAGUUCCUCGCUGACGUCAUCACCGUCAGCGUCAGCGCCUUCGUCAGUACAACAGUGGUCAGUCACAGCCACCAGUAG